AUACGUGUAUCGGAAAUCCAGUGUGUUUACAAUUUGAUUAUUUUUCUCUCCACUUUAGUACUUUACGCUGCGUCCGACGAACCCGUGACCCACACGCGCUGCGGUUUAGUGACGGUUUUGUGCAUAUUUGUUUUUUCGGCGUCACACGUUUGCAGUAACGGCAACCGUCCGUCUUGCACCGGCCACAGUCAUAUUAUUCAACUACAGCUCACACACGUAUAGUCCGCUAACAGACGUGUCUACACAUAUCGCACGCGCGUCUACUACCACCUACCCWCAACGAUAAAAAAAUGACCGUGGUCAACAUUAAAGACAGGGUGAAAAAUAACAAGCUGAACUUGAGCGGUCUCAACCUAACAGAGAUACCCACCAAGGAAAUCGCUCCAUUGAAAGUCUCUCAUCUGGACUUGUCCAACAACAAAAUCACUUCAACAGACAAUGUUUUUUCAUCGUUGCCCAGUCUGGUAAAGCUUGAUCUAUCUGGCAAUCAGAUUAAGAGUGUAGCUGGUGAUAUUGGUUCGUUACAAAAACUCGCUUACCUAUCAUUAGCAAACAACAAAAUCAAAGAUUUACCUAAGGGUUUGAGUAAGCUCAAACAGUUGAAACAUUUGAACUUGAGCAACAAUCCAUUGAAACCAGAACUGGUUGAAGCAAUUGGACCAUCACAAAACAAUGCACAAUGCCAAUCAGCAGCUGCCAACGCCAUACAGUAUUUAAAGGGCGAUUCCAAAAAGCAAGAUGACAAACAAAAUAAAAAGAAAGAUAAGAAAAAUAGCAAAGCUUCUCCGAAUGGUGUACAAAAUGAUAAGUCAAAAAAUAAAACCAAGUCCAAAAAGAAACCAGCUGGUUUUGUAUCUAAAGUUUUUGGAUUCUUUGGCAUGCUGAUUUCAUACACACUUUUGUUUGCGGUGUUGAUUGGUUUGUCUUUGUAUGCCUUGUCAUACUAUGACAAGAAAACAUAUGGUAAUGUCAAAGCUAAGCUUUUGCCUGUUUGGGCAUCAGCUACGUCAAAUCUAGAUCCUAAAGUAGCUUCUAAAGUCAACUAUUAUCUGCUACAAGCUGGGAAUUCUUUUGAUCAGGCAGUCCAUACCAGUAUUGAUGCAUCUAUUAAAUCAUACAAAUGGGUUAAAGCUAAUCCAACUGUACAACAGUAUUCUAAGAAUGUGCAAGACACAUGGAAAUCAUUUUGGGAUAGUGUUUUCAAGAAAGUAAAAUCUACGUGAUCUGUGAGAUAGAUACAAAAAAACAAUGAUUACUGAUUUUUUUUUUAUAUUCCAUGUAUCAAUUUUUUGAUAAAUUUUCUCGAAAUCCCUAUCUCUCGUCUCCAUAACGUCUGCUGUAUACAACUAACAAUUUAUUUGUAUGUAUGUAUUAAUUUUUUCAUAGAAAAUCAUUUUUGUCCAACUGAAUUACAUGUAUAAUUU